GAGGAGAGGAGGGGCGGAGAGUAGAGGUGCCGGUUGUAGCCAUUGCUGGGUGGGACAGACAGGAGCCACCUGUUAGGAGCUUGUCAGACACCAAGAGGGUCCUGGGGUGUCAGAGCAGGGUCCUUGCACUCCCUGGGUCAAGGCUGCAAGCUCAACCCCACAAUUUCCUAACCCUCCCCCUGCCACGUGCACACUCGCCACACUCAGCUUCACGACCUUCUUUCUGCUGCUUGAGUUUGUCCAUCAGGUUCCAGCCUCAGGGCCUUUGCACUUGCUGUGUCUUCUGCCUGAAACACUUGGACGGACGGACUCUUUCUCAGCCUCAGGCUUCAGCUCAAACGCCACCUCUUCAGAGAAGCUUCCCAGUGUGCUCCUCCUGCUCCCUCCCAACUCCUCCAGCUCAUCCCUCUUUUAUUUGCCCCAAAUGUAUUGAGCACCUGCUGUGGGCUGGGCCCUGCUUGGGCACGCGGGAUGGAACAGUGGACAGAGCAGACGGCCUGCCUGCCCACGGGGAGCUGUUAUUCUGAGAACGGAGACCACACAAUGCACAUGCGGCACGAUGUGCUGUGACGAGGGUCGGCAGGGAAUGAUCGAGCACAGCUGGGGGAGUCAGGAGGCCAGAGGGAAUGGUUUCCGUGUUGGGGCUGGUUAAGGAAGGUGUCUCUUGGGAAGCGAUGCCAGGCAAAGAUUGGAAGGAGGUAAGGGAGGGGCCUAUGUGAGUACCUGUGGAAAGAGAGUUCCAGGCAGAGGGCACGGCAAGUGCAAAGGCCCUGAGGCAGGGAGGUGGCAGUGUAAUCAGGGAGCAGCCAGGAGGCUGGAGUGGUGAUGGGCGGGGUGGGCCAGGUGAGGCGCUGAGGCUAGGGAGGGAACAGGGCUGGCAGAUCCAGCCGGGAACGGGCAGGAUUCGGCCUUUGCUCUAGUGAGGAACAGCCCCUUGGUGCCGGGCCGAGGGCUCCAGCGGAGGUGAGACACGGUCAGAUUCCACGUAGGUCCGGAGGAGGAUUGACCUGUCACAGCCAGGGAUUGGGUUGAGGGCUAUGGCAGAGGGAGGCGCCAGGAUAAUGUUCAGUUUGGGAUCGGUGCCCCCCAAACCUUCCAGGCAGACAGGCAGGUCCUCCCGCCUCCCCUGCCCCGAGAUGAGACCCAGGGGCGGUUGGGCUCCCAGGGACAGGCCCAGGUCUGCGCGGGGCAGGGGCAGCUUCUGGCUGGUCAGCCCCCCCCAUGCAGGGUUUCUUGCAGGGAGGGGUCCCUAAGUCUUCCUUCCUUCUCUUCCUCCCUCUUUUUUGUAAUCAUCCGUCUAGCCAGGGUCUCGGUCAAGCCCGUGAGCUGGCCAGUGGGAAGAGAGAUGCUCUGUCACCAUCGGGCCAUGGGAAAGGUGAGAGGAAGCCACUGGUGAGGGGAGAAGCAGCCUGUGGCCAGCCAGCACCGCCGCCUGCCAUGUGCACACGCAGACCCAGUGUGUCAUCCCCCAGCCACGGUCCCCCCUGCACAGCCGGGCCGUGGGAUCCUGGCCGGAGCCAUGGCCGGUGACUCAGCAGGAAUCACCCCAGACAGGAGCACAGCCCGGGUGCCCAGACCAGAAACCGCCCCUGACCUGUCCAGCUGGGCAGGAACAGGGACAGAGUGGGCGAGGGUAGCUGGGCCAGUCUGCUGGGGGAGGGGAAGCCCCCAGCCCAGAUGCAGCUCUCAGCCACCUGCCCGAGGUGCCCGCUGGGGCUCAGAUCACAGUGUCAGGGUGGGGUGCUUGGUGUUCUGUCAGUUCUGCCGACGCCUGGAGUGUCUGUCUGGUUUUGCUGGGUUGUCAUGGUGUAGCAUGUCUAUUCCACUGUAUUCUUUCUGUCGUGUGUUCUGGUCUGUUCUAGAGCCUUCUAUUCCUUUCUAUGCUAUUGGGUUGAUUUAUUCAACAGAUACUUAUUAACCACUUACUAUGUGCCAGGCAGUGUUCUAGAUGCUGGACUUACAACUUUGGGUAAAACAAGACCCCUGCCCCAGGGAGCUCAUGGGAGACUAGCAACACGCCUUGUCGGGCCGCAGGAGAGCUGGGAACAGCAGCACGAAGUCACAGGAUAAAGCCAGAGGGGCAGCCGGAUGCAGCGGUGGGGUCAGGGACGGCCUCAUGGACAAAACCAUGGCGUUGGGCAGAGAAGGAGGUGAGGGAGGGAGGCGGACAUCAAGGGCCCGAGAAGAGCAUCCUGGGCAGCGGGAAAAGCAGGGACAGAGACCAUGGGGAAUGUGCCGUGGGUUCAAGGCAUGGCCAGGAGCUGCAGCAGAUCGCCGAGGGGGGGCAGGGGAAGGAGCGGAGGGGCGCGCGUGUCUUCUGUGCAUUUGAGCAAAGGGAGGAUUUCCAGGACAUUUUUCCUUCCCCACCAGGUUAGCAGCAAACCCGACCACCUGAGACAUGUCUCGGCGGCUGGCCGGGGCCUUUGCCGUCUGAGGCCGGGUCCUGCCAACCUGUCCUCCUGCUGCCUUCCUGAGCCGGUCACUGUAACAGGGCCUGGGGCUGGUUCAUUCCUUCCUUCAUUCAUUCUUGCAUUCAUUCAUUCCAUCGGCACUGACUGAGCCAGAUCCGUGAGGAAUGAGACAGACACUGUCCCUGCCCACGGGAGCUCAGAAGUCCAGCCAGGGAAGCCCAGAGGACCCCGGGUGGAAGAACAGAAACACCUCCACAGCAGUAUCCAGUAUCGAUAACAAGGAUGCUAAGGGCCCUCUGCUGAGGCUUUACAGGAAUCAGUUCAUCCACGCUCACAGUUGGGGAGCGAGAGGUACCAGAAAGGUCUCCCCGGAGCAGGAGGGGUCGAUGACCCCACAGUGGGCAGGAGUGGCAGCUCCCACCCUGUACGGGCCUGUGUCUUUUUGCAGCCCUGGGGGUGGCUCAGCCCAGUGUUCAGAUGCGGGAACAGAGGCCCGUCUCGUCCCGUCCUGCGCGGUGAGCGCCCUCCCUGCCCCCGCCCCCAGCCCGAGUGGUCCUCCCGUCUCUGCAGACACGCUGGGCCUCUCCCAGCUCCAGGCCUCUGCGGGCACAGGUCCCGCUGCCUGGGACACGCUGCCUGGGACACGCUCUCUCCCCUUCCCAGGGCGGCUUCUCCUCCUCCAGGUCUCAGCUGAGACGUCACGCCCUCAGAGAGCCCCCAGCAGCCUGACCCACCCGAACGCCCUUGUCGUGUGUGACGGGAUCUUGCUCGCUGCCUCCUCUGCUGGUUUGUCCUGUCCCCCCAGAAGGUCAGCUCCCCGAGGGGCAGGCCCGCCCGCCCCAUUCGUGCUGUGCCCCCAGACCGAGCACGGUGCCCGGCAAGUCCCUGUCCGCUGGGCGAAUGCUCUGGAUGCACCUGGGCGUGGCCAAAUGCCCGCCUUUGCCGAAGGCUGCAGUGACCUCACUGCCCAAGGAGAGGUCCUGAAACAGCGGGUGCCUAAUAGGUAUCCGUGGAGGCACCCACGAGGCACGCACGCGUCCCCCCAGCUCCCGAGGCAGGGCCACUGUUCCUUCCACUUUAUGACGGAUGGAAGUGAAACUGAGCACGACCUUAGCUGGGAAGUGGACAAUCGGGGCCUGGUGACAACAGUGACAACGGUAGCUGAGGGGUAUUGAACACCUGCUGGGUGCUGGGCGUUGGAAUAGCAGCAAAAGAAAAAACUGGGCACAUAGUUAACACGUCCCAGGAAAUAACCCCGGGGACCCUCAGUGGGACUCUCUAUGGAGGGACUGUUACCACCCCCAUUGUACAGAGGAGCAAACAGAGGCCUGCGGUAACCCAGGCUUCAGCCCGGGUUGCGGCUCUGCCUCUUCUGCAGAUUGGAAGACCGAGGUGCAGACAGGCACCUGGCGUGGUCCUGAG